UCGCUGGACUCCCUCGCCCCGCAGCAUGAACCCGGCUCGCCGCCUGCUGCCCCUCGGGCUCUGCAUUGCCCUGUGCCUGUGGGGCACCGUGGCCCAGACUCCUGGCGUACAAGGUACCACUGGGGACUGCAACAGCCAUAUGCUGUGCCCAGCAAACACCAAGUGUGUGAACAGCACCCACUGCACCUGCCUGGAUGGAUACCAGCCAAGGGGGAAUCGCUUCUUCACCGACCCAACGGAGACCUGUGACGAUAUUAACGAGUGUCUGGGGCCGAGCCCGCCAGACUGUGGAUGCAACGCAAACUGCAACAACACGCCUGGGAGUUACUACUGCCACUGCAUCGAUGGCUACGAGCCCAGCUCUGGGAAAGCCAACUUCACGCACGCGAGUGAGAACAGCUGCCGGGAUAUUGACGAGUGUCAGGGCCUGAACCCGCCAGAUUGCGGACCCCACGCAAACUGCACCAAUGUGCCUGGGAGUUACUCCUGCAGCUGCAUCGAUGGCUACGAGCCCAGCGCUGGGAAAGCCAAGUUCAUAAAUGCGAGUGAGAAGAGCUGCCAGGACAUUGACGAGUGCCAGCGAAACGCCACAAUCUGUGAGCCCCACGGGAACUGCAUCAACAUGCCAGGGAGUUACAUGUGUAAAUGCAGUUGGGGAUUUGGGAAGAGUCAAAAGGAUACGGCUAAGAUCUGCACAGAGCUCACCUGCUCCCCACUGCUGGGUGAUGACAGCUCUGCCGGAGCCAAGAACUUCCUGAGCAGCUUCCAGGCACAGGUGGGACGUCUCUGCAAGGUGAUGCUGGAGGAGCGGAAGCAGAUGAAAUCACAGAAUACUGAGGGGAAGCUGCAGGGCUUCUUGGAGAUUCUGGAGAAGCAGAUAAAUCCAGUCGGGCACCAGAACAAGAGCGUGGAGUGGAGACACCGGAUCGCGACGGAGCUGAUGGCCAUAGUGGAGAAGCUGCUGAGAACACUGGCCCUGGCCCUGCGUGAUAGGAUCAGCAUCACAUCCCCCACCGGCACAGAGCUGGGGCUGGUGGUCAGGCGGGCUAGGAACCAGAGCCAGGAGACCGUGACGCUGCAGCAGAGCAAGACGCAGAUGGACUUAAAGUGGGCUGGAGCCCCAGGGCAGAAAAAUGAAGGCUUCAUGUUGGCUGGGCUGCUGACAUACCAGGGGAUGAGCCCCAUCCUGGACGGUGCUGGGCGGGUGGAGGCGCCCGAGUGGGACAAGAUCGGCCGGACGGGGAAGUGGGCGCAGGAGCCAGGGCGGCCCAGCUACCGUGUGCUCUCUCCAGUGGUGUCGGCCUUCAUCAGUGACCCGAACCCCCAGGCACUUGGCCUCUCCGUCAGCAUCCGCUUCAGCCACCCGGUGCCGGAGAAGAAAACCGACCUGCGUCUCCUCUGCGCCUACUGGGAGCCUGGCAGCAGGCACUGGGCCACCGACGGCUGCACCCUGGAGAAGUUGAACGCCACCAUCACCCGCUGCCAGUGCAACCACCUGACCAGCUUCGCCGUGCUCAUGGCCUUCUACGAGCUGGAGGACUGGACCCUGGACGUCAUCACCAAGGUGGGGCUGGUGAUCUCGCUGCUGUGCCUGCUGCUGGCCAUCGUCACCUUCCUCUUCUGCCGCGCCCUCAAGGGCCCCCGCACCACCAUCCACCUGCACCUCUGCCUGGCGCUCUUCAUCGCCUACACCGUCUUACUCACCGGCACCUCCAGCACCGGCAACGGGGUGGUGUGCGGCGUGGUGGCCGGGCUCCUGCACUAUUUCUUCCUGGCCGCCUUCUGCUGGAUGUGCCUGGAGGGCGCCGAGCUCUACCUGCUGGUGGUUCAGGUCUUCACCCCCCACGGCCUCAGGCGCCGCUACAUGUUCCUGCUGGGCUACGGCGUGCCGGCCCUCAUCGUGGGCGUCUCGGCCGCCACCUACAGCCAGGGCUACGGCACGGCGCGCCACUGCUGGCUCUCGCUGGAGAAGCAAUUCAUUUGGAGCUUCCUGGCGCCCGUCUGCAUCAUCAUCGCGGUCAACGCCGUGAUCUUCGUGGUCACCGUCUGGAAGCUGUCGCUGAAAUUCGCUGACAUCAACCCCGACAUGAGCCAGCUGAAGAAGCUCAGGGUGCUCACCAUCACGGCCAUCGCCCAGCUCUGCGUCCUGGGCACCACCUGGAUCUUCGGCAUGUUCCAGUUCAACCAGCGCAGCCUGGUCGCCUCCUACAUCUUCACCAUCCUCAACAGCCUGCAGGGGCUCUUCAUCUUCCUGCUGCACUGUCUGCUCAAGAAACAGGUGAGGGACGAGUACCGCAGGUGGCUGAGCUGCAGCGGCCUCAAAGGACCGGCCAAGUCCUCCGAGUUCACCAGCUCGACCACCACGCGGGGGCUCUAGCUGUCGCAGGAGUCAGGGUUGUAGCUCUCUUGCGCUCAGCCCAUUUCUGGACACCGCAGCUUUGCACAUGAGAAAACCCGGCCCCCUGCCCCCGGCCUGGCCCUGCCCGUGAGCAGAGACCCACCACGCACCUGGACUCGCCGCAUGCAGAUGCUUCAACGGCUGCCCAGUGGAACCGUUACGCUGCCCAGCUGCGCCCACCCGCUGGGCACUCACCAGCCCCAGGCCUGUGCGCUGCCAGCAUCACAAGCAAUAGCGACGGGCAGCAGGGCAGCCGCUCAGCUCCGACGCGACGUACUCUGGCCACAGGGGGCGCCUUUCCCUUCGGUACGAACGGGUCCCUGGCCCCGCCUGCGGUACGAUGCUGGGCCAGGCUGAGCGCGGGCAGUGGAGAUGAACCCACCCCCCAGAGGACCCCGCCCCUCCCCCCAGGGACAGCAGCAUCAGCCACUGCCCUUGGCUUCGAUGACGGUACGACACGGCCUGAGCUGAAGGAGGCAAGCGGCCCCAGUCUGCGGCGGCCCCCAGGGCUCAGCUGUCUGUGUCUCACUGGUGACACUGUUUUUUAAAAUGAUCUUUUUAAAGUUAUUAAAAUAUUGAGUUUUGUGACAAAAACAGCUGCUUCGAGGAGCCACG